GCAUUUGGCUCAAAGUCCAGGUCACACAGAAACUUUCAGUAUUGCCUCUGAGAGUGUGUCCGUGUUUCCUUUCAGUCUCUGAACUCUAUCUGUGUUCACACUGGGAAACAACAUGACCCGUUGGGCUUUUCUUGCUCCUCUUCUGCUCCUGCUGAGCCUCUUCAUAGUCAGUGUGGUCAGUCAGGAGGCCGAGGACCCACCAGCACCGACACCAGCCCCUGCCUCAGACGGCACACAGACAGAGGGCGAGGAUGAGGAGUGGGGGCUUCACUCACUAAGAGGAGGCUUUGAGUCAGUCAGCGGCUACUUUGAUUCAAUGCUGGAGUUCAUGGGUGGACGUGAUGGAGUGUGCCAAUUCCGCUGUCGAUAUGGUAAGUCUGGUUAAUGGUUAAAAAAUAGACUACAGGGCACAUUAGAAAGAUAUGUGGGACACUGAUAAACCUUAUAUGGGUCUUUGCGCAUUUAAUUUAUUUAUGAGGAUGAUAUGUGCUUCAAUCCGCUUAAAAAAUAUAUAUAUUCUACUGCUUUGUUAUUUCAAGACACUUCACAAAAGGCUGAUCUAGACUGCACUCUGAUAUGUUAAUAACAGAGACCCUAUGUUUACCCACUCUGAGCAAAAAUGUAGCUUCUUUUAACAGUCAGAAACCUCAAACGGGAGCAGAGGCCAUCUGCAGCAGCUGUGUUUGAUUUAGUGAGGUGAAUCAAGAACAGAGAGAUGGAUAGAGACAAACAAACUGAGCAGCAAUAACAAAAGUAUGUCUGUAACUUCAGCUUAGUCUGUCAACUGCAGCCAGACUAAUCUUGCAAGAAAAAUAGAGGUAAAAAAAAAAAAACUUGAUUUAUGGUAGCAUGCUUAUAGUUUUUGAGCAGAGUUAAAAAAAAAUAGAUCACAUAAAUUAUUAUUUUCAUUGUGUACUGAUAUGACUUUUUAAUGAAAAGAAAGGCAGAGAAAUGAUGCUGUGGCAGACACACCCAGUUAUGGGUGAAGCUUUAUUUGUUAUUUAAUGCUAUCUGGUAUUGGGUUUGGAUGUAAGGCUCCUGAUUGAUUAUCAGGCCCUUUAACUUUGCUUGUGCAUGUCUUUGUCAUGACAUUCUUGAUCAAGAGAUUUAUCAUCUCCACAAGUUUUUGUCCAGGUUAAAACUAGCAUGGGAUUAAUGAAAAGAGAAACUUUGAAAAAGACUGGCUAAUCUUUCCAUACCAAAGAGGAAAUAAUACUGAUAUAUCUGUGAUUCAGAGUCAGUCAGAUUUAAUUGGUUGGCUGAUGUAUUGCCAGCUGUUUUCACAUUUGUUUACAGAUGUUAUUCACUGUAAUCUAAAAAAGGAUACAAAUGCAGCAGAACCAUGAAAAAGCAGAACACUUCUGGCCCAGUCUGUUCAGGCAUCCCAUGUAUAGGGGUUAUGUUGAGUGGAUGUCCCGGUCUGAUUCCAGCCAGUCUCUCCUGCAUGCCACUCCAUGUUUUUUCUCCCUAGAGACUGCUCUGUUCACUUCCCUGUCCUCUAAAAUAAAGGCAAGAAAUCCUAAAAAUAGAAUUGAAAAUGAAGAAAACCAUUACAGAAAUAGAGCAAAGUCUAAAUUUCUUUUAAAAUAUUUGAGUAUUGAAAUCAAGACCAGUUAAGGCCUUUGUUUGUCACAAGCUCACACAGAUGAGCUGGGAAAUAAAAGACUAAAUCACAAGACCAUGAAACAAGAACACUUAAUACAAGUGAUAGACAUGUAAACAUAGUUUAAAUGUAAACAUAUACUGGUGAAGAAGAAAAAUAAACCCAUUUUAACAGAGCCAGCCAAGAUGUUUAUCCACAUUACUGGUGAUAAAAGAGAAUUAAUCAGUUUGAAUGAAAGUAAGACAGACAAAAAUUCAACACACACUGAUUUAAACCACAGGAUGGGAUUAUUUCUUCUCUCACUUAUCAUUUCUGUUAUCAUGUGGAAGAAGGUCUGAAGUCGGACUGUGACCUCAGAGUGAUAGGAGAGAUUUCAUGAAGUGACUGGGGAAUGUGUCAGGGAUCAUUCUGUGUGGAUAUGAACAUCAUGGAUGACCUUUGUUUCCUUACUCUCUGUGCAAACAUGAAUCAGAAACCAACACUGAUGUCAGAUAGAACCUGGCUUGGAAACGUAGAUUUGUUAGUGUAACACUGAUACCUGAUACGUCUGAUUUUUCUUCUUCCUUAAGGUAAAGAUCCUGUCCCACGAACAGGCUACGAGAUGCCAGAGCCAGAUGGGUGUAGUUCCUAUUUCUUUGGCCUGCCUGUUCCAGAGGCGGUACGUUUGGUUAGGGUUUAAAUUGAAUAUAUAUCAAUGUUACAGCAAAGUCCACAUUUCUGCAAGACCUCACUAAAACUAUCAGAGUGUGAAAGAAAGUCUGCACCGAGAUACACAACCGCUUACACUUGCUUACCUUUAAAUGACCCCAACCCCCCUUUAGCUUAUCAUCUAAACUCAUUUAUUGCUGACAGUGUUAAUAAUUACUGAGAUGAUCCAACGCAUCCACGGUGACACAGUACAUGACUGUAUAUCAGUGGCGAUUGCUCUAAGACUGCAAGGGAAGCUCGGCUUCCCUUAAAAUGCCACCCCCCAAAAAAAAGAAAAAGUGGUGAAAUACGUACUGCUGUGUGUACAUUUCAUUAACUAAAUACGCACUAGAAAGCCUUCAUCUUUUGUUCAGACACUGUGAUAAGAAGCUGAUAAUUAUAGGUAACCGGCAUAACUUCGUUCUCAUUCAUCCUCGCAGCGCCUCAGCGCUUUAAACAGCCGGACGCUGGGCUUCUGCUGACUUCAAUGUGGAAGCUAAAAGUGGGUUGUUCCAACAGCGAAACUAGACGCUCAUUAGAUAAAUGCUGGGCUUUGUCCCGCCCAAUGGAAGCUAAGCUUCACUGGAGUUCUAUGGCGAGAGGGCGGUCCCGACUUUCUCCCGGACUGCAAGCUUCUGCAUCCAUGAUUGGAUGAGCUGUCUGAGGCGAAAUCCUUUUUUGAUUGACAGCUAAACAAGCGAAUCAGCGAUCUUGAAGAAUAAAACAUCUACCAGAGCAUUUUCCAAGUCAUUCAUUCCGUUGUUCUUAACUGCUCCGGAGACUUUACCGAUCCUCAGCGACUUCUGUCUUUAUUAAAAACGACUGCCGUUGUGUUUGGCGACUCUGUUCUGUUACAUACUAAUAAACAAAUACAAUUAUGAUGUAGGCCAGAAAAAUGAGCUUCCCCUCAUUGAAAGACCAGCAGCCGCCACUGCUGUAUAUAUAGUAUCUAUAUAAACAGAUAAAGUAGGUAGUUUAGAUAGUUUUCUAUUUCUGCAAAGUGAAUGUGUGAUUACUGCAUUUAGAGAGACAUUAUUUCUCCUAAAAAGAUGUAAAUCACAAAGGAGAAACUCGGUUAUCUCUGCAUAAACCUGAAACUAAAGAUAUAAAUAUAACUCUCUGUAUCAGCAAAUAUCCACAUCUUUGAAUUAUGGCAAACAUUUCCUUUCCCAUUUAAAACAGUAUUUGGGGUAUUUUGGCCACUACUUGUCUGAAAAUUUGCAUCUAUGCUGUUGGAUUUGGAAGAACUACAUUGUUUGAUCAACGUCAGCUAUUGUUACGCCAAACAACAAACUUAAUUUUACAAAAUAAAAAAAAAACCCACACUUCUCCCUUAGAUUCAUGAGCAGGAGUUUUUUUUUAAUUAUUUAAUUAUUGCUUUACUUUCUUUCUCUCUCGCUCUUUUUUUUCUUAACAUAUGCUCAGAAAAGAUCGACUAAAACAUGAACAUGAUUUUCAUGAAUCCCCAAACAUCCUACAGAAGUCACUCUUGACUGCAUAUUGUCCUCAGUUUUAUCAUAAACUCCUACAAACUUGCACAUUAACCACUUUUUUUUUGUGUGUUAGGCGGACAUGGGCAUCCCCGCUAUGACCAAGUGUUGCAAUCAGUUGGAUAUGUGUUACGACACCUGCGGCUCCAACAAGUACCGCUGUGACUCCAAGUUCCGCUGGUGCCUCCACAGCAUCUGCUCCGACCUCAAGAAGAGUCUUGGCUUUGUGUCAAAAGUUGAAGGUUGGUGUCCAGGGCAGGGUUACUGAGCCUAGUCCCAUUUCUCAGCACUAUUCAAACUACAGUAAAUUUUGAUUGACACAUGGAACAUGGGCCAGACUUUGAAAUCAAAAAAUCACAGAUAUGAACAGAAAGCUGAGGCAUUUGCACAAACAAAAUCAUAAUUCUGCCACUGACUACUUAAGGUACACCGAUAGACUGUACAUAGAAUGGACAGCGUCUGCCUCCUCGCUGGGUGAAGCCACCUCAAGAACAGCACCCUCUGGUGACGGGCUGCAGCACAGGUCAUAAAUCCCGCCUCCUACAGCAAUCCUUAUGGGGCUGUGGACAAACUUUACAAAUUUAUUACACAGAAAAUAAAUGGUUCUCCUCCGUUUGCGAUGUUGACAUGGAGUUACUGUAAGACUGGUUUGUUAUAAAGUCCUCUUUUUUCUGCACAGCUCAGUUUUUAAAAGUUUUUAGGGGGUUCAUGUUUUCUAUGAUUGACACUUGAUACAGCCUAUGGGCGUAUGAAGAUUGUGUAGCUCACCCGGGGGAUACGCUGUUUGAGCCGAGCGUCAUCACAGUGACUCUCGGUGACUCACCCGCUGAAUGCGCAUAAUGCUACUGCGCAAUGUUGAUUUCAGGAAAUGGAGAAAAAAGGGGAAAUACCGAGAGCUAUUCAGCCUCAAAUUCAUAUACUGGCGGAAGGCAGAAACAAGCUGUCCAUAGUAAAUACAGUCUAUGGUUACACCAAAGUUAAUGUUGCUGUUUAUUUUUGACUUCAUGUUAACUAGCCAUCAAUACAAGCAAAACUACCACAUUUUGACAGAUGAUCAGUAUUAUAUGACCAACAACAUGGAGCAUUCCAACCUGAGCAUGAAAUUACAAGAGGCUGGCUGCCCUGGGAAUACUAUCUAUGAGGGAAAAAAAGGGUCUGACAUCCUGAUUGACAGCCCUGUGGACAAAUGCAGCUCCUUUAGACAAUCAGAGUAGAGGAGGAACAGUCGAGGAAACUAAAAUCCAAGAGACACUGAACAACCGAAAGUGGCUGAUUAUGACUCUGUUUUGCUGUGAAAUCACCCAUGGGACCUUUACUGCCUAAUCUGCAGAACAACAGCAUAUUUUUUUAGUUUGCCAAAGCAGAAGUAUGAGACUGCACUGUCUCCAAAUGUGCAGUUUCUAUCAGCUCCCAUCAUCAAAUAUAUUUUGGCUUCAUUUUUUACAUAGAGAGGAGGAGGUGAUGCCUCAUACACUCAAGAUUAAGUUCCAGCUGAUUCAAUUGAAGACACGUGCAUGUACUUCCAUGAGAAAACCCUGCAUUUACACAUCUUAGUGGAUGGCAUGUCAAGCUGUUAAAUUUCAAACAUGACCUUUUUUUUCUAUUCCUGUAUGCUGACUGACUCUCCUAUUUAUUUCUAUUUCUCUGUCAUUUCUUUUCCUCAGCUUGUGAAACGGUAGCAGACACCUUGUUCAACACAGUGUGGACUCUGGGCUGCAGACCCUACAUGAACAGCCAGAGGGCAGCAUGCUACUGUCCAGGAGAGGAGAGAGAUGAACUUUAGAGUCGACACAAAAAAAAACAACUAUUAUUUAUGACAGUAUGAGCCGGGGCAACAUCUCAUGUUAUUGUGGUGAUAUGUCACUGUGACUACUUUUGUAAUUUAUUUAGGAGUUCUUGUGGUUUUGUUUAUGAUCACACUAUUUUACUUUAAAAUACAAUUUGGAUGUUGUCAAAACUUUGGUUAUAUCACUAUUUUUUUGUCUAUAGGUGUGCAAAUAUUGACAACUGAUAUCAGGAAAGGACAAAUAUCAGAGGCUUGACAUGUCAAAAGGAAGGGAAACAUGCUGCCCUCACACACUUGAAUGUAAUUAAUUCAUAUCUUAGUAAAUUUCUGACAACACCAAUCACCUGUGAGUGUUCUGCUCAGCAACUAACAUUUAAUGGGUCAGGUCAGGUAUUGCACUACUUGGAUGUAGCAACUUUUAUUUAUUCUGAAAACUACUGAUAAGUAAAUCAAACUUGGCAGCAUUUUAGUUUUUUUGUCUUCACAUCAAUAAAAAAGUCUGUCCUGGUCAGGUAUAGAAGGCACAACUACAUAAUUUAGGCCAUAAUAUUAGGAUAUGAGCCAGUGAUACUUCAUUUUGAGGUCCCUCUAUAUAUGUCAUUCUCAGUCAAGUGUGCUCUUUUAACUUCAUUAUAACAUUUCAGAGAUUUGUAAAUCAUCACAUCCUGGGUUAUUUUCACAUUUAAGCCGUGUCCACCUCUUGUGGAAGCAGGUCUGAACAUGUCCUCCAGUAACUGUGUCAAAAUGACCCAUGGACCCAUUGGUAAUCUCUCUUCCCUUGCCCCAUUUUGUAACUUUUCAUAUGUAGUCCUGCCCCCCCCCCAAAACCUGUAACAAAUUUAGAAAACAAAUCUGUCCAGUCCUGCUUUUUUUAAUUGAUGAUUUAAGAAAUUAAGGCAGGUCAUUCAUGCUUGAGGUAUUCAGUAUUGUCAUACAUGAGGUUUCUGACCUUUAAGAGUCACUGGAUCAAAAGUCAAAAUCAGAAGGACAGAUUCCAGAGUUUUCCAAAGUUCACUAUGACAAAAAUAAUUCACACAAGCUUUUCUUAUCAAGACUUCUUAACUCGGCACAGAAAAAAACAGACUUCAGCAGUGGGUAAAGUCCAAAAAUACCAGAACCUUAACACUUUACAGGACCAACUCUUUCUGAUGGAAAAUAUAGAGAUACAGAUCCUACAAAAUAUUUAUUACUGGUCAUUUUGAAAAAGUAAAAAGGACAGAACAGAUUCGGAGUCAAACAGCAGAAGAACUCACUAAAACGCGAACAGGGUGAAACCUGUCCUAACACAAAUUGUCUUUUGACUGCACAAAAAUAUAUCUCCUGAUGACAAUUUCCUCCAAACCUUCAAAGUGACGGUAAGAAAACAGAAAUGUAACUGGAUCACUAAAUGGUCUUGUCAAACUAGAAACAAUAACUAAGAAUGAGGGAUGUAAAAACAGAAGGUCCACACGCUCCGUCAGGGCUCACAGUGGGUUCAGAUGAAAUUAUACUGAUACCACUCCACGGAUCUGUGGGAAUAAAAAAGAAGAUAUAAGUGACUGCUACUCAAAGCAGCUUCAUGUUUUUAUCAACCACCUGUUUACUUAGAUGUUAGAGCAAAAACCUGUUUCAUUCACAUUGAUUUAGAAGAUGUUAUCAGGUAUUAUAAGAGGAACAGAUGCAUUACAGCACAGUGGGACAUGGAUGAAUACUCAAAAACAUUAAACAAAACCGGUCAGUCCGUAAAGAAGUGAGAUAAACAUUCAUUUGAUAGGAGUAAAUAAAAAACUGAAAUAUUUUUUUUUAAGAAUAAAUUCAGUCGAUGUUUGAUAGUCGGUGUUUGGAAAGUGAGUCUCAGGAGUAAAGAAAACAAGCUGUACUUCAAUGAGGAUCAUGCACAGCAUCUAUGAAGUUUCACUUUUUCCACUUCUGAAAAAGUGCAGCCCCCAUCAAAACAUUGAUGUAAGGUUGAAAUCCUGCAGAAUAUCUAUAUAAAUAUAUAUAUUUAUAUAUGAUUGAAAACAGCACAAAGAAAUGUUAAAUGUUUAAAUGGAAAAGUUUGAUGAUCUUGUGAAAAAUAUAUGCUUGUUGUAAAUUUGAGGGCUGCAACACAGACAAAUAAAAAAAAUUUACAACGGAGAUAAUAAAACACCAAAA